GUGGAAAAACUGCCAUCCUCUUUCAGCAGACGGGAAUUACCGUCCAUUGUCUAAUGCCAGGCAACAGCAAAACAUAAGUAUGCAGCGUCAGGAAAACCUUCGGUGGAUGUCUGAACUUUCAUAUGUGGAAGAAAAGGAACAAUGGCAAGAGCAGAUUGAUCAGUUGAAGAAACAGCAUGAAUUUAGUGUUAGCAUUUGUCAAACUUUGAUGCAGGAUCAGCAGACCCUUUCUUGUCUUCUGCAGACUCUGCUUACAGGCCCUUACAGUAUGAUGCCUAAUAAUGUCGCAUCUUCACAAGUACAUCUCAUCAUGCAUCAGUUAAACCAAUGUUACACUCAACUGACUUGGCAGCAGAAUAACGUCCAAAGGUUGAAACAAAUGUUAAGUGAUCUUAUGCGCCAGCAAGAAGAACAACAGUGUCAAGAGAAGCCAUCGAGACAGGAGAGAGGUAGUAGUGCACCACCACCUCCAUCUCCUGUUUUCUGUCCAUUCAGCUUUCCUCCACAACCUGUGAACCUAUUUAAUGUUCCAGGAUUUACUAAUUUUUCUUCCUUUGCUCCAGGUAUCAACUAUAAUCCAGUGUUCCCUUCUAGUUUUGGAGAUUUUGCACACAAUAUUUCCCCACGCAGCAGUGAGCAGCAGCAACAACAACAACAUCCUUUAGAUCAUAAUGCUUCUGGGAGAACUGAGUAUAUGGCAUUCCCCAAACCUUUUGAAAGUGGUUCCUCUAACGGAGCAGAAAACCAAAGGAGUCAUAGACAACCUGAAGAGGAAAUGGAAAAACAAUCAACUUGGCUUAAUGAUAGCCGGGAAGUGAAAAAAGAUGAUCAAUCUCAGCUGAAAGCAGGUUUUGCAGUUUCAGUACAAAACAUUGCUUCCAGUCAUAAAAAUCAGUCAGAUGUGAGCAGGAGAAGAGAGUUUGAUGAAGAGUCUUUGGAGAGUUUUAGUAGCAUGCCUGAUCCAGUAGAUCCAACUACUGUGACAAAGGCAUUUAAAUCCAGAAAAGCAUCAGCGCAAGCAAGCUUGGCAUCAAAAGAUAAAACACCCAAAUCGAAAAAUAAGAGGAAGUGUUCUUCUCAGCUAAAAGGCAGAACUAAAAAUAUUGGUUAUGAAAGUGCAAGCGCUUCUAGUGUAUGUGAACCCUGCAAGAGCAAUAAAAGCAGACACACUGAAGAGGUUGUUCAUGCAAAAGUGUUCAGCAAAAGGAAUCGGGAACAGUUGGAAAAAAUAAUUAAAUACAGUAGAUCUACAGAAAUGUCUUCAGAAACUGGUAGUGAUCUUUCUAUGUUUGAAGCUUUGCGAGACACAAUUUAUUCUGAAGUGGCAACACUUAUUUCUCAAAAUGAGUCUCGUCCCCACUUUCUUAUUGAACUUUUCCAUGAGCUUCAGCUGUUAAAUACCGAUUACUUGAGGCAAAGGGCUCUGUAUGCUUUGCAGGACAUAGUGACUAGACACUUGUCUGAGAACAAUGAAAAAGGGAAGCACACAAAAUCACUGAAUUCUGCAGCAUGGAUAGCAUCAAAUUCUGAACUCACUCCCAGUGAAAGCCUUGCUUCUACAGAUGAUGAAACUUUUGGCAAGAACUUUUCUACAGGAGCAUGCCAAGAUUGUGAACAAAAUGAUGCAGACAAUGGAAGUACUAUGUCUACAUCUUCAAAUUUUGAACCCUUUGCCACUGAUGACCUUGGCGACACAGUGAUUCACUUAGAUCAAGCUUUGGCUAGGAUGAGGGAAUAUGAGCGUAUGAAAAUUGAAGCUGAAAGUACCCUUGACUCUGAGGGCUGCUCUAGUAAUUUUCAGGGUGCUUCUGCUGCUAAAUUAGAAGGUCCAAGUGCCAGUGAAGGUCUUCCUGUGCCACAGCCAAGUGAAGUUUCUGCUGUUCCAUGUCCUCGUAUAGAUACUCAGCAGCUUGACCGGCAGAUUAAAGCAAUCAUGAAGGAGGUCAUUCCUUUUCUAAAGGAACACAUGGAUGAAGUGUGCUCUUCUCAAUUAUUGACAUCAGUAAGACGUAUGGUCUUGACUCUUACACAACAAAAUGAUGAAAGUAAAGAAUUUGUGAAGUUCUUUCAUAAGCAGCUUGGCAGUAUACUUCAGGACUCACUGGCAAAAUUUGCUGGUAGAAAAUUAAAAGAUUGUGGAGAGGAUCUUCUUGUGGAGAUCUCUGAAGUGUUGUUUAAUGAAUUAGCCUUUUUUAAACUCAUGCAAGACUUGGACAACAACAGUAUUUCUGUAAAACAGAGAUGUAAAAGAAAAAUAGAAACUACUGAAGUAAUACAGUCUUAUGCUAAAGAGGACAAGGAUGAGACUGAAACUGUUAAACCAGCACAGGACUCAGAAAUGUAUGAUGGUAGUAGAGUUCCUGAAAGUAUUAGGUCAGAUGCAUCUGAUCAAGAGGAAGAUGAGGAAAGUGAAAACGGUCCAGUGGCAAUAAGUUUAUCAAAAGCAGAAACGCAGGCUCUGACUAACUAUGGCAGUGGAGAAGAUGAGAAUGAAGAUGAAGAAAUAGAAUUUGAGGAAGGACCUGUUGAUGUGCAGACAUCACUACAAGCCAGCAGUGAAACAACAACUGAAAACGAACAGACUUUGAACCAAGAAUUGAAUAAGACAAAAAGCAGUGAGAUUUUGUCAUCAGAACAAGAAUCUGUUAAUGUUAAAGGUGAACAAGAUCUGGCCACAAUUUUGCCUCAUUGCCUCAAUGUCAUGGAGAAUACACCAACUUUAACAGUCAAUACCCCAGAGUCCUUUAUAACAGCCAGUAUGAAAACAGAAGAAUCAAACUCAUCUUUACAAGUGGAUGAAACUCAAACACUAGAUACAACAUGUGUAGGAAACAAAUCAUCUGCUGCAAGUUCGGAAAGCUCCAUGGCUGGCAGCCCUGAUACAGAGUCACCUGUGUUAGUGAAUGAAUAUGAAGCUGGUUCUGGAAAUGUAAGCCAAAAAUCUGAUGAAGAUGACUUUGUGAAAGUUGAAGACUUGCCCCUCAAACUUGCAGUGUAUUCAGAGGCAGAAUUAAUGAAGAAAAUAGCAACAGAAGCCCAAACCAACAGUUUGUCUGAUGAAUUAUUGGAUGGAGGUAGAGCUCAAGAUCAAGAAUUAGUAGGAGAUGCCCAAACUCUGAAAGAACCUGAAACUUUUGGAGCUCAAAGUGCAUGAGAAUGACCUGAAGAUAUCUGCUUUUAUAAACACCGUUUAUACAAAUGCAUAUGGAAGAUCAGCACUAAAUUCCCAGAAUUCUGGAAGUGUAUAAAUAUGUAAAAUUUUUUACACGCUGCCUCUUAGGAUAGAUACGCUAACUUCUGCCUGUGGCAGUUUGAACAGCUGGAACUGAAUCCUCUUCUAUUCAGUUUUGCUGCACUGUUCUUUUUCUGUCUUAAUCUUUUUUAUUUUUUAUUGUGACUUGUUUAGUAAUUUUAAAGUUGUUCAAAAUGGUAGUUUUAAUAAAGUUUGGACUUGUCUGUAAAUUCGUCUUUGGAAAAAGAUUUCCUCUGGUUUACAAAGUGGUAUGCAGAGGUUGUUGGAAGUUCACUGACUUAAGUAUCAGCGUGUUUGUAG